AUGUCAGAUAGUAGGGACCCUGUGUGGGAGCACGGGGAGAAUAUCCCACCUGGAUGGCGCUGUAAGUAUUGCCAUACAAAGAGGGGCGGUGGUGGGGCAACAAGACUAAAGCAACACUUGGCUGCAAGAGGGAAGGGGGUUACAUAUUGCAAUUCAGUGCCUCCGGAUGUCCGUGAGUUCUUCUGCCGUGAGUUGGACAGGAUAAAAGAUGCAGGUGACCAGCGUAAGAGUGAUAGCGGAAGAAGGGUUGAAGCAGCAAGGGUCAACUAUUAUGACCUAACAGGUGAUGCCGACGAGGAGGAACAAAUGGAAGCAGCCAUUGCAGUCUCACGACAAGACGAAAACUUUAGGAGGGAUGUUGAGGAGCGUGGUGGCACUUAUGAGCAUGGCGGUGGGAGUGGAUCCGCUCAGCCGGAGGCACGGAAAGGUAGAAGUAACCCAAUUACCAAUAUGCUACGAAGGGCUACGUCUCAUAGGGAGUCACCUGCUGUGAGAGAUUACAACCUAGCAUCUGCCAAGGCCCCUGUGCAGCCACGCAUUGACACAGGAUUCUUCACAAAGAAGGGGAAGCAAGCUAGGCAAGCCAUUGGUGAGUCAUGGGCAAGGUUCUUCUUUACCGCCGGCAUUCCUGGUAGAAACGCCGAUAAUCCAUACUUUGUGAGCGCCGUUCGGGAGACACAAAAGUGGGGUGAAAGUGUACCUUCUCCAACUGGUAACGAGAUAGAUGGAAAAUAUCUUGAUUCUACAGAGAAGGAUGUGAAGAAGCAAUUUGAUAGGUUCAAGAAGGAUUGGGAUGAGUACGGUGUUACUAUAAUGUGUGAUUCUUGGACAGGUCCGACGAGUAUGUCGGUCAUCAAUUUUCUGAUAUACUGCAAUGGAAUAAUGUUUUUCCACAAGUCCAUUGAUGCGACCGGGCAAAGCCAGGAUGCUAACUUUGUGCUGAAGGAGAUAAGGAAGGUAGUACGCGAAAUAGGCUCGGAGCAUGUUGUUCAAAUUAUCACUUACAAUGGCUCUAACUACAAGAAGGCGUGCAGACUACUACGGCAAGAAUACAAGACAAUUGUGUGGCAACCUUGUGUGGCACACACAGUUAACUUGAUGCUUAAGGAGGUUGGGAAAAUGCCAGACCACGAAAUGGUGAUUGAGAGUGCUAGGAAAAUUUGCAGAUGGCUAUACAAUCAUAACAAGUUGCAUGCUAUGAUGGUCUUAGCUAUAGGUGGUGAACUGGUUAAGUGGAAUGCUACAAGGUUCGGAACAAACUACAUGUUUCUCCAGAGUUUCCUUAGGAAGCGAGAUCUUUUCAUGCAAUGGAUGGCUUCCUCUGUCUUCAUGCAAAGCAAAUUUAGUGGGACUUUGGAAGGUAAAUAUGCACAUGCAUGUCUAUCUAGUCUGUCUUGGUGGGAGAACUUAGAGGCAGUAGUGAAUUCUGUCCAACCUAUGUACUCAUUCCUUCGGUUUGCUGACGAGGACAAGAACCCCAAUUUGAGUGAGGUACUUUUGAGAUAUCAGUUGCUCAAAAUGGAGUACGACAGUCUUUUUGCGAAUCAAAGGGACAAGUUUGAAGCAUACAUGGAGAUCGUGAACAGAAGGAUGCACAACCUAACCAAUGAGACUCUCAUCAAUGCCGCUGCCGCAUUGAACCCUAGGACGCACUACGCGUAUUCUCCAAGUGCUACUGUCUUCCAAGACCUCCGACAGGCAUUCGAGUGGAUGACGGAUAUCGAUACGGCUGCCGCCGCUUUGCUGGAGGUUGAGAUGUACCGACGUAAGACGGGUGAAUUUGGGAGGGCACUAGCAAGAAGGAUGGCCAUAGAUGGGAAAACUUCACCUGCACAAUGGUGGUCUAUGUUCGCCUCAGACACGCCGAAUUUGAAGAAGCUUGCGUUGCGUUUGGUUGGUCAAUGUUGCUCCUCCAGUGGAUGUGAAAGGAAUUGGAGCACAUUCGCAUUCGUACAUACGAAGGUCCGUAAUAGACUUACCCACAAGAAGCUCAACAAGCUAGUGUACGUGAAUUACAACCUUCGCCUUCGAAUUCAGCAAGCAAAUGCCCAAAUUAGGGUGGAGGACGAUGAUCCCCUUCAAAGAUUAGCGGACCUCUCAUUCUAUGAAACUAACAAUCAUAUCAGUGCCUGGAUGGACAAUGCUCGCUCUAAUGCUUGCCCCGAACUAGAUGAAGAUUCAGCUGAGAGUGACGCUCCCCUGCCUAGUCAACUUGUGUCUGACCUAGUCAACUUGGAUGACCUGCGAAGGACCACGGGAGCUUCUAGUAUUGCUGAGUGGGCUGAUACGAAUGUAGGUGACACUCAUAUUGGGAAAAGGAAGACUCGAAAGCCGCCAAAAGCACGUCCAUCUAAAAAGGUAAAGGGCAAGGGAGGCCAAGGCACUACUAAUGUGCCUCCUAGGGGUCACACCCAACAAUCAGAUCACCACAGCCCCGUUCAAUUCACUGGUGAGGGCGACUUCACUCAUGCUACUCAGGACCAGGAUCAUGGUGCUCCAAGCUCUCAACGAACUACCAUUGCACCGGGAGUCCGACAACAGCAACAAUUCAGUGACAUACAACAGGAUAGCUCUAGCUCAUUCAGUGCCUCUAGCUUUGAAAGUGGCUAUCCAACGUAUGUGUACAACCGUCCCCAAGCUUCUGAUUAUCCUGCUACUACAUGGGUGUAUGAAUGGCAAGAACCUCAGUGGUAUGCUCAAUUGUACGCUCAGUGGCAAACAACAUCAUCAUGGACAGGUCAAAGUUGGGAGGAAUACAAGGCGGGGUUGCUACAUUCACAUGGCUUGAUGCUCAUGUCCACAGAGGAGUACAAUAUGGCAUAUAAUCAGUGGAAUGCGUAGCUAUGCAUGUCCUUGUUUAUUUCCUUUCAUUCGAACUAGAAUUGUAAUCGUGGACAUUAUACUGUGGACUCUAUUGUUAUUGUGGACUAUAUUGUUAUUCUGGACUGUAUUGUUAUUCUGGACCUACAUGUGGACAUCGUUAUGCUUUGAAAUGUGAGAUUGAUGAUUGUUAUUGUUGUUAUAAUGUUAUGAAUUAUUGUAUUGAUUUGAACUCCACAAUAUAGAGUAGGUCAUGCCGAAUUUUUCUGUUGUAUAACCACAUCUUAAUUAACUAAAAUACUCACAUUUUAGUUUUUUUCUAUUAUUUUUUUCAUUUUUCUUAUUUCAGUUCCAACAUAUCGCGGUUACCGUCGUCUUACCGCGGUUACCGUACCAAACCGUGCGGUUACCGUGUCCAUACCGUGGAUUUUGAAUUCAAAAAUUUGGAAACGAAAUUUGUGCGGUUUUUCGCGGUAACUGCACGGUUACCGCGGUAACCACCAUACCGCGGGGGGUCGGUAACCCCCCCCAAAACGGUAAGGUGAACCCUGAG